AUGUUAGUUAAUCCAAUUUAUACAAAUACGGCUGGUACAGAUAAACAAGUAUUAAAACGUUACUUGGAUUUACCACAGCCAGAUGGAAAAAUUCUUGCUACCUAUAUUUGGAUCGAUGGUACAGGUGAAAAUAUACGAGCAAAAACACGAACCUGUGAUACAGAGCCAAAGAAAGCAGAUGAUUUAUCAUGGUGGAAUUUCGAUGGUAGUUCCACCGGACAAGCAGAAGGUUCAAAUUCAGAUAUUUAUCUGAAACCUGUGGCAAUUUAUAAUGAUCCAUUUAUGCUUGGACGUAAUAAAUUAGUUAUGUGUGAAACGUACAAAUACAAUAAAGACGCAACAAAAACAAAUCGUCGACUUGAAUGUGAAGAAGCAAUGAAACUUGCUGCUGAUGAACACCCAUGGUUUGGUCUUGAACAAGAAUAUACACUUCUCGAUGGAGAUGGUUGGCCAUUUGGUUGGCCAAAAGGCGGUUAUCCUCAACCACAAGGUCCCUAUUAUUGUGGUGUUGGUGCACGUCGAGCAUUGGGUCGUGAUAUUGUGGAAGCACAUUAUAAAGCUUGUUUAUAUUCUGGUAUAAACAUAAGUGGUACAAAUGCCGAAGUAAUGCCUGCACAAUGGGAAUAUCAGAUAGGACCGUGCGAAGGCAUCGAUGCGGGUGAUCAGUUGUGGGUAUCUCGGUAUUUGUUACAACGUAUUGCUGAAGAAUAUGGUAUCCAAGUUAGCUUCGAUCCGAAACCCAUUCCAGGCGAUUGGAACGGAGCAGGUUGUCAUACAAAUUUUUCAACAUUAGCGAUGAGAGAACCGAAUGGAAUUGAAGCGAUUAAUGAAGCAAUUAAAAAACUGAAACCACGUCAUCAAACACAUAUCAAACAUUAUGACCCAAAGGGUGGCAUGGACAAUCGUCGACGAUUGACGGGUCGUCAUGAAACAGCAAAUAUUAAUGAUUUCUGUGCUGGUAUUGCCAAUCGUGGUGCUUCAAUUCGGAUACCAAGACAAGUGGGCGAAGAUGGUUGUGGAUAUUUAGAAGAUAGACGACCAGCAUCAAAUUGUGAUCCUUACGCUGUGACUGAUAUUCUUGUGCGAACAAUUUGUUUGAAUGAACAAGAUGACACUAGCAACUAA